AUGUUUCGAAAGGACAGAGAUGCCUUAGGAAACACCUUGGUGAGAGAGGAAGCUUGCUAUUUGGAUGUGGUUGUUUUAGUUAAUGAUGAAGUAGUGGGUGUGCUGGGUAGUUUCUGGCAGCUCGACGAAAACUCUGUCAAGCUUUGGAAAAGUUUAUCUAAAGGGAAAAUGGGAAGAGAUGGAAGGAUGAGGCUUGAAAUUGCAGAGGUUUAA